GAGAGGCUGUGUAGUGCACUCGACGUAUGACGUUAUGCGGUUUGGGAUGGAGCUUGUUGUUGAGUGCCAGGUUCAGUGCCCGGCAGGUGGCUGGGCAGAUCCUGCCAGUGCUCAGUGAGGAGGGGGCAGGACUGGACAGGAACCGGGCUUAUCCGGCUAGUUUAGUUUGUUCGGAGAUGCACCGCGACACCGGUUCACAUGACCAGAGCAGUCUGAGGGGUGAGUAACAGUUGGUCCAGAGGUCAGGAGAGGUCACAGGCAGCACGGCGCUGAAUGCCCGUGACAGCUUCAUGGGCCUGAAGGACCAUCUGGAUGAUGGAGCAGGCCACAUCCUCGACCUGGGGCUGGAUCUGGACUACCUCCAUGUGAAGGCUGUGGACCGGCAGGCCGGUGCAGAUGCCCUUUCCAGAAUGGACAGGGGCUCAUUGGACACCAGCGAGGAAGGAGCGCCCAGCUCUGGGAGAUGUCCUUCUUCGUCCAGGGGUGACUCGGAAGACAGCUGCGGGUCUGACGCCGAGGUGGAGCGGGGCUGUACGCUCGCCCCAACCGACGGUUCAGCUCGAGCUGUGCAUCCGCCUCUGUGUCGCUCUCCAUGUCUGGAUCUGGAUUCUCCAGGGCUGCCGGAAGUGACGCAGGAUAAUCCAGACACUGAAAAUUCUCUAAGGGAGUACCAGACCAAGUUGGAAUUCGCUCUGAAGCUGGGUUACGCUGAGGACCUGGUCCGAUUGGUUUUAAGUAAGCUCGGGUCAGACGCGCUGAUCAACGACAUCUUAGGGGAGCUGGUGAAACUCGGCAGCAAGUCGGAUGGUGACAGCGGCGUGGCGACUUCUUCAACUUCCACUUCGUCUUCUUUAAUGUCUUCCGGGUCAUCGUCUUCUUCAGCAUGUAGCUUUUCAGACUCUAUUGAUUUGCGCCGCUCGGAAUCGCCGUCGCAGUCUGCUCUGGAUGACAAAGAUAACCUACGGCCCAUAGUCGUCGACGGAAGCAACGUAGCCAUGAGCCAUGGCAACAAGGAGGUGUUUUCUUGCCAAGGUAUUCAGCUUGCAGUGGACUGGUUCCUUGAACGUGGACACAAGGACAUUACAGUGUUCGUACCGGCUUGGCGGAAAGAGCAGUCCCGACCUGAUGCUCUUAUCACAGAUCAAGAGAUCCUAAGGCGACUGGAGAAGGACAAGAUCCUGGUCUUCACACCCUCCCGCAGGGUCCAGGGCCGUAGGGUGGUGUGCUAUGAUGACCGCUUCAUCGUCAAGUUAGCCUACGAAUCGGACGGCAUCAUCGUCUCCAACGACAACUACAGGGAUCUGGCCGUGGAAAAGCCAGAAUGGAAGAAGUUCAUUGACGAACGACUUCUCAUGUACUCGUUUGUCAAUGACAAGUUCAUGCCUCCUGAUGAUCCCCUUGGUCGCCAUGGCCCCAGCCUGGAGAACUUCCUGAGAAAAAGGCCCAUCAUCCCAGAACACAAAAAACAGCCUUGUCCAUAUGGAAAGAAGUGCACCUAUGGUCACAAGUGCAAGUUCUACCACCCAGAGCGCGGCACCCAGCCGCAGCGAGCCGUAGCAGAUGAGCUUCGUGCGAGCGCCAAGACCUCCACAGCCAAAGGCACAAAUGAGUCUGGCCUGGUGAAAAGCCACAGUGUUCCUGGUGGUUCUCGCAAUGAUAAAACCAGCGACGGAAAGCGUACGCACUCAAAGCGCCAGUCGGACCCCAGUGUCCGCACCCUUUCGUACGGUGACGUCGAGGACAAGCUGAUCUCCAAAACCAAAGCAGACUCCCAGAACAGCAGCUUGACGCUACCCCCCGCACCAGGUGGGCCCCCUUCCUGCCACGCUCAAACGCAAGACCAGAGAGAACAACUGACGUGCUUCUCCAAAAGUCACGCAGUGCCUGCUUUCCCUCAAACAGACUCCUACCCCACCUGCGAGUCUCCAGACCUCAGCUACUACUCCCUUGUUCGUGGUUACUCCGGGCUCAGCAUGUCCACCCAAAGGAGCCCGGAGCGGUCUUUUCUGUCGGACAUGGACGCACGGCUCAGUUCUGUGGCAUCCGACUGCAGCAGCGAGGGCAGCGCCAGCUCUGAUUCGUAUGGCACGGUGCCUCCUGGUGAGCGCUCCUGCAUGAGCUCGCCUGACUCGCUGCUGGACGAUGGGCUGAAGUGUCAUCACUACCACCACCUCCACCACCACCGCAGGCAGUACCCACUGCCCAUGGUCCUGCCUCCACCACCCCAUCACCACCACCAAAGCCGUGUGCUUUCCCCAAUCCCUUCGACUCACCCAGGGUACCAUCACGGGAUGGCCCGAGGACACAGCUUCACGCAAGACGACCAAUCUCCAGAGCCCCACUUCAAGCACUCAGUGUCCUACAUUGGCCCACAAGUCCAGCACCAGAUGAUCAGCGCCAGAUCCAGCUGUCCUGGAGAAUACCCUCCUCAGAGUUCGCCACUAAGUCGAGGCUUGGCAUCCACACGUCUGGACAGCGUGUCUGAUUCCAGGCUUUAUGAGCGCUCACCCCUGUUGGCCAGAAAGCCCUUCCCAGACCAGGAGCGGAUGGCCAGCUGGGAGCCUUACUAUCAGCAGCCUUGUUACGAGCCCUUCACCUUUCAGAGCCUUCCAGAAAACAGGCAGCAAGGUUGGCGGGUUCCUUGGGGACAUCCUUCUCCUCCUCAUCCAUCCCAUUCUUCCCACCAGCACCAGGAACCACCUGCCCUCAGUCGCUACCAGGAAUUGCGUGAGAAAGUGUUUAUCAACCUGUGCAACAUCUUCCCCACCGAGCUUGUGCGCCUGGUCAUGGGUCGGUAUCCUCACGUCACAGAUGCCCAACAGCUGGCAGCCGCUAUCUUGGCUGAAAAGAGCCAGACUGGGUAUUAAGAACCGAUUGAAACCGUAGCAAAUAUAUUGAGUGUGGAUUACUGAGGCAUCUCCUAGGGAUAGUCCAGGUCUUGAUAGGUUAUACAGUGCUUCCGUUUGGAGGUUUUACAAGGUUUUUUCUUUUUCAUGGAAACCUGUAAACAUGGCUGCCGUGAGGACGAGUCACGUCUCACUUGGAUUGUUUUCCUCGAAGUUGUAGCAGUGGAGAGCCAUAACUGCUAGUAGCAAUUUUGUCUACCUGAAGUGUGAAUGUGGAAAUGAGUGUUACAUUAAUUUAUUUUAGCCUAUGUUACCAAGAAGGUUUUGCUUUAUGUCGAUGCUUUAUGUUCAGGUGAGCAUGUACUGAUUCACAAGGCACUUUUUGUUUUGUUUUGUUUUUUACAUUGCUGUUUAUCAAAUGUAACGUUUGAUAACUUAUGUCAAUCAAACAAGAGCUGAUGGAAGGCCAGAGGAUUUGUUGGAGCGAUGACGCGAUCAGGUCGUUUGAAAUUGGGGUCCACCGCGAAAAAUAAUAAAUGACCAAACAAAUAUCAAGCAAAGGGCAGGACCCUGUCUGCUUUUUUCUUGUGACAAGGAAAAACAGUUGGCUCCAUCAUUUGAGGGGGAAAAAAACUUGAGUGGUGUGUAAACAUUUACUCCAAGUUUAAACUGAUUUAAAGUCAGUUUAAAGACAUUCCUACAACAUCUGGCCUUUCAUAAUCCUUGUGAUGUAAUGCCUACUCUCACUUGAAUUUUUAUGUUUUGAUUUUUAAGUUUGCUUUGCAAUUUUCGAAUCACUGGGGGAAAAAGCGCCCCAAGGCUCAGUAAAGUCCUGAGUCUCCGAGUAUUGUUUUAGUAGUGUCGUUGUUUUUAAAUUAUUAUCAUUUUGUUUUCAUUAUCAGGUAUCAUUUACGAUUUUGUCAUCGUGUGUUUGUUGUGUUACAGACCUUUAUUCAUGUGUGGAUGGUGUGGUCAUGUGCUCGUCUGUUACGUCUGGGAACUUCAUCAACCAUUUCAUAUCAUGUCGCCAGUGUUACUUAGUGUUACAGUAGAUCCAGUGGCAAGGUUUCCCAAAAGGCACGUUUUUUUUUUUUUUAAAGAAAUGAAGAAUUUUAAUUUGUACAUAGCACUUUUCGGGAAACUUGUGUCAUCAUCCUUAGCCACAGGUGUAGUCGUAGGUUAGAGAAGAUGCCACCGGUCUGUCUUUGUACCUUAGUUUUAGUAAGGGACGUCUCUGGCUUCACGCAACACGUGCACGCCACCGUCACUCGUUGUCUCUGUCCCGGUGCCGUACUAGCAGUUACGAGAGGAGGAGAAAAAAAAACCCUGAUUGGUUGAGAAGAUUUCGUGAGUUCAGGAACUCUCGCCGAAAUGUGUUUUUUUUUUUUUUUUUUAAUCUGUUACUGAUGUGACCUGUGGUAGCCAGAGAAUACCUGUCCUUGUUGAUACAAAUUGUAUCUUUUUUUAACUUAAAAAAGAAAACCAGAGACAUUUAUAUACAUAUUAAUCUAUGGAUAAAAAAAAUAUAUAUUCACACAGUUAUGUACAAUAUGUAGUACUUGUGUAAUUUAAGAUAUUUUUGGCAACAUUUUAUCAUUACUUCAAGGAAAACGGUUGAAGUUGACGUUUUCUUCUUUUCUUUUUUUGUGGGAUAUAAAAAAAAAGAGAGCAUUAAAUGCAUCUUUUAAAAAGGAUGGAGGGUAAUGACGUAAUGGAUAUUUACUAUUUUAUUUAUUUAUUUUCUUUGGAAGGCAAAGGGUUAUUUAUGGUCUAUUCCUAGAAUUAAUAAUAAGUGGUUUUUUGGUUUUUUUUUAAAGGGGGGAUAUGAAAUGUUUUUUUUUUUUUUUUUUACAAUUUUAUGAGGCAAAAUGUAUAAUUUGUUUUUCCGUCUCAAUGGUUUUCCAAAAGCUUUAUUAGUGUAAUGAUUUGUAUAUAUGGUGAAGGCGAGCGGACGCUUGCUGCGAAAUCCUACAACUGGUUAUUAUGCCAUGACGCUUCUGGAAGACUCUGAAACUAAAAAAAAAAUUAUUAUUAUUUUUUUUUUACAUUUUCUCGAUCUUGCCUGUGAAAGGGAGAAAAAAAAAAUCUAUCGCUUUUUGUUUUACCCGAAAAAAUAUUAUCUGGUGCAUUUCGAGAAGGCUGGGCUCUUUAGGGGUAAAAUGCUGCCUGAAAUAUUUGUUAGGCGCACCUUCGUUUUGAAAAAAUGAAGAGCCUUCCCUCAAGCCAGGUGGCACCAUGUGCCAUUGUUGGCAGUGGCGUGGGCAUAGAGUAAAUGCCUCUACACGGCAUUGUGCUUAAGACACAUCUGAAUAAUCUGAACCAUGUUCAGCUUACGAGUUUUCAGGGCCGGCGUUACCGCGGGACGUCCUUAACGCCAGUGCGCGUUUGCAAGUACAAGAACAGCUUGGACGCAAAUGCACAGGACGUCAUCGACGUCUCAAGUAAACCGGCACCAGUUUUCAUAUAUAGAUACAUGUAUUAAACUAUAUAGAAGUUGUUUUUCAUUGUGCUGUGCUGUAUCGAAGGCUUGCUGUGAGUUAAUGUUGCUGCACCGACGUCACGCGCUUUCUCCUUCAUCAAGAGUCUCAGAGCUUUUGCUAAACCUGCCUCAUGGUGGAAAUGUACAUAGGCUGAUUACAGAAACCGUUCUGUCUUCGCUGGGAGACGACUGCCGAAUCCGUUUCCACGGAAGGUUCUUCGGUUGUUACUCCCGGGUUGGGGAAACGUAGGCUUUACGCUCAAGGACCAAAGUGAACAGUGAAUUAGUCAGCGGUAGGAAUUCAGAAGACCUGGUGAUAGUGCAUUCGUUGGUCAAAUGCAAGAUAGUCUUUCAGAUUUUCUUUUUUUAAACAGAUGAAGUUAUAUUGCUGGAGAAGGGAGGGGGUAUAGUUUGGGAUUUUUAUUGACGUACGUCAGGGAAACACGUGGUCAGAAAUUUGUUGUUGCUGCAUAUCCUGUUUCCAGUUGUGUAUUUUUAUUGAAAUAAAAAUACCAAUAUCAA